ACCCACCACUUGUGGUACAUACAAACAGGAAGUGAAUAGUCAGUGGGUUUGUUGGCACGUGUGUGUUCAAUCUUUGGCGUUUCAACCGUAUUCAAUGGCAAAAAAGUCUAAAUUAAAGCCAGGAGGCAAAAACAAAGCCACUAAGUGUAUCGUCACGUUUAAUGAAACGGAUCGACAAGAAUACCUUACUGGCUUCCACAAGAGAAAGGUAGAGAGGCGGAAAGCGGCAGUGGUGGAAAUUAAGAACAAACUGAAGGAGGAGACGAAGAGAGUCCGAGAGGAGAGACAUAAAGAGUAUAUGAAGAUGUUGAAGGAGCGGAAGGAGGCUCUGGAAGAGGCAGAUGAACUGGAGGAUCUGAUCACUGGCACAUCGGAGUCCACACAGUAUGAUCAUCCCAACCACACGGUCACCGUGACAACCAUCAGUGACUUGGACCUAAGUGGAGCUCGUCUCCUGGGACCAGUCGCCAAUCAGACAGAGGAGUGCGAGGAUGAAACCGAGGAGCGGGAGGAGAACGUGAGCACACUACCGAAGAAAGCUGGACAGCCCAUCCUUUCAAAAAAGCUCUGCUCCCUGACGGCCUCCCUGCACGCUCACACCAAACAGCGCAAGAGGAAAGGGAAGCUCUGGGAAAAGGGGCAGGAAGGACCGGGACGAGGCCGGCUGACCGACAGGAAGCCAGGUGGCACUGACAGGAAGUCCCGACUGGGGAGGACCAGCAAGAAGCAGAGACGCAGACAGACUGGCAGGAAUAGACAUCCCCGGGACUAGCAGAGGUGGUUGCUUUGUUGGACAGGUUUUGGGGACUCUGAAUGUUUUGGUGGAUUCACAGAGUAGACCCGGCCAAAUUCAGAAUGAGUUGUAUGUUCCUGUGGAUGUGAGCAUCGACACCGAACUAAGUAUUUUAAGGGAUUCUUAGAGUGGUAAUCACACGGUCUGUUCUGCCCUUAUGGUAACUGCAGUGACCUCACAUCCAGUCAUACAGAGCUUCUGAUUAGCUGAGCCUUGGCCAAUGGCUGACUCUCCACUGCUGGGACACAAACCCACCAGUCAACUCCAUGCCCAUGUCAAGUAACCUGUGAUGAGCUGCUGUCUGAGUGCUUUACUGGGUGUAUGUUUGUCACAUAACAUUGUGUUGUAUUGUACAUGUACAUUAUUUGUGUGCCAUCUAAUUAAAGGACGAGUCAACUCAUGGUGAACAUG